AUGCCGUCAGCCAAAGCUGAGCCUGCAGGGGACGCGGCGAAGGAUAAGGACCAAGGAAAGGCGACUGAUGAGUCUGACGUGAAAGUGAAAGAGGAGAAGAAGGAGGAGCCGCCGGAAGAGCCGCUGGCAGAGGCUGAUCUCGAGCUCCUGUCAGAAUUCUUUUCCGAAACCUCGGACUUGGAGAGGAAGCAGCAAGUUGAGCGAAUCCUCAAGUACAAGCUGAACCCUUUCGAGGUGCUGCAAGUCCGCGUGGACAUGACGGUGGAGGAGAUCAAGAUGGGCUACAGGAGGGUGUCGCUCAUGGUGCACCCUGACAAGUGCAAGCACCCCCGUGCCGAGGAAGCCUUUGAAGCCUGCAAGAAAGCGCUGGCCGAGCUGGAGGAUGCGGAUAAACGCAAAUUCUAUGUCGAAGUGAUGGAUGCAGCUCGGCAGGAGGCCGAGCGAGAGCUCAAGAAGCGCAAGCGCCAGGAGCGGGAGGAAGCAGCUGCUCGCAAGAAAGUCCGUGAGUUUGCAUUGAGACAUUCCUCUGACAAAAUCUUUCAGCUCGAGAAGCGACGAUCUCAUGCAGAGAAAGUUUUCAUCGCCAACGAGAAGCGAGACAAGGAAUCAUUAGCCAAGCUCAAGCAGGAGACAAAAGUGCAAGAGAACGUCGCAAAAGAUUGGGACGAAGCUCGCUUGAAUCGCAUCGACAGCUGGCGAGAAUUCACGCAAAGUGGAAAAGUAAGCCUU